AAUAAAAAAAUUAUAUGGCGAUACCUUUCUUAGCCUCUGUUGGUUUAAUCUUAGCUUGUUGUAUAUUAGGUCUUUUAUGGGCUUUAUAUAAUUACUUAGUUGUAUAUAAUGUCAAAUUAGAAGUCGAAUCUUCCCAAAAGUAGCCCAUAAUAACCGAAAAUAAUUCCGAUUAAGAAAACUUAAAUGCCCAAGUGGAUAAUAAUCAUUAAAAGAAUGUCAUAAUAUUAUCUAUAGGUAAGAAAAUAUCAGACGGAGCCAAAGCUUUUUUACAUGCCGAAUAUAAAUACUGUACCAUAGUAUUAUUAGCAAUGUCUUUAUUUUUGUAUUUAUCUAUUGACUCAUCUUAAGCAAACUGGCGUCCAUAUACUUCUGUAUCCUUUUUAAUAGGUGGAUUUACAUCUAUAGCUUGUGGAUAUAUUGCAAUGAUGAUAGCUGUAUAAUCUAAUUAUAGAACAUCUUUUAUGGCUUAAAAGGGAUUACAUUAAGCCUAUAAGACAGCUUUAGCUGCCGGAGUUUCAAUGGGAUUUGCUUUAGUUUCCAUUGCUCUUUUAACUUUGACUUUAUUAAUAAUGUUUUAUAAGGCAAUUUUGACUCCUGGGUAGGAUUUUGGUGAGAAUAUUGCUUUACUUUUCGAAUAUGUAGCCGGAUAUGGUUUAGGAGGAUCCACUGUUGCAUUGUUUGGAAGAGUAGGUGGUGGUAUAUACACAAAAGCAGCAGAUGUUGGUGCUGAUUUAGUCGGUAAAGUUGAAUAAAACCUCGCUGAAGAUUCCCCUCAUAACCCCGCCACCAUUGCUGAUAACGUCGGGGACAACGUAGGUGAUGUAGCCGGUAUGGGAGCUGAUUUAUUCGGUUCAUUUGCAGAAAGUACAUGCGCUGCAUUAGUUAUUUCAGCCAAAAGUUUACAAUAAUUACCCGAAGGAGAUGCUAAAGUUGCCUCUUUCUACGAUAAUAUCCACAUAGACAAUUUAAUGUUCCCCCUAAUGAUUACUGCAGCCGGAAUUUUAUGUUGCAUAGUAGUUUCUUUCUAUGGAGUGUUCAUAAAUAAAGUCAGGGAAGAAUCGGAAAUCGAAUCUUCAUUGAAAAAACAGCUUCUUUUCUCUACUAUUUUACUAACUCCAGUAAUAGUCCUCGUAGCCUACAUGAAUACUCCACUAGUUUAUUAUAUGUAAGCCUCGCCAAUAACUGAAGUAGCUACUGCAUCUACAAAAUACUCCCAUAAUGCCUUUAUUUGCGUAAUUGUUGGCCUAUGGUCUGGUUUAGCCAUCGGUUAUAUUACCGAAUAUAUGACUUCUCAUUCAUAUUCUCCUGUUAGGGAAGUCGCCUAGGCUUGUGUUACUGGUGCUGCUACCAAUAUAAUUUAUGGUUUAGCCUUAGGUUAUUUUUCUACUAUUAUUCCUAUAAUAGCAAUUGCAUUUUCAGCUUUUGUUUCAACAAAACUUUUGGGCUUUUAUGGAGUCGCCUUGGCUGCUUUAGGUAUGCUAUCCAAUUUACCUAUUGGAUUGGCAAUCGAUGGGUAUGGUCCUAUAUCAGAUAAUGCAGGAGGAAUAGCUGAAAUGGCUGAAUUGGGAGAAGAUAUAAGAAAAAGAACAGAUGCUUUAGAUGCUGCAGGUAAUACUACAGCUGCUAUAGGUAAAGGAUUUGCAAUAGGAAGCGCAGCUUUAGUUUCUUUGAGUUUAUAUGGCGGCUUUAUUACUAAUGCAAGAGCUAAUGUUGAUGCUUGGCAUUAUUUAAAGGGAGAGCCAGCCGUUACUGAUAGUUUAGUUUUCGCAAAUCUACUAAUUGGAGCAAUGCUUCCUUAUGCUUUUUCAGCUUUCACUAUGAAAUCAGUAGGAAAAGCAGCACUUUAAAUGGUUGAAGAAAUAAGAAGAUAAAUCAAGGAAAAACCAGGUAUUUUAAACGGUCAAGACGAACCUGAUUAUUAAGCUUGUAUUAAAAUCUCUACUUAAGCUUCACUUAAAGAAAUGGUGGCACCUGCAUUAUUAGUUAUUCUAUCACCUAUAAUAAUUGGUUUCUUAUUUGGACCUUUAGCAAUAGCAGGUUUAUUACCAGGAGCAUUAGUUUCAGGUGUUUAAAUGGCUAUUUCUUCAUCUAAUACAGGAGGAGCUUGGGAUAAUGCUAAAAAAUAUAUUGAAGGUAAAAAUCUUGUUAGAGAAAACGGAGAAGUCUGCGAAAAAGGAUCAGAAGAACAUAAGGCUGCAGUUAUUGGGGAUACUGUUGGAGAUCCUUUAAAAGAUACUUCAGGACCUGCACUUAAUAUUUUAAUUAAGUUGAUGGCUAUUAUUUCAUUGGUUUUUGCAGGAUUUUUCUGUAGAACUGGUAUUUUAUAUGUCGAGUGAAGAUAAUAAUAUAUUUAUUAGUUUUUAUAUAUAAUAUUUCUAAAAUGAUUAAAAAAAAAUAUUAUAUUUAAAAUAUAUAUUAUUUGAAGAAAACAAAAAAAAAUUAAAUAUUUUUUUUUAAUGCUUUU